UGGCCAAGGGUUCGACCUCGAAAUCUUGCAGACAUGGAAGAAUUCCAAGCCGUACUAGAAAGAGUAAUGAUAGCACUGCAAGACAGUGGACCAGCCAGGGAGUUGCAAGGACAGAACUUUAACUUUACAGCCAAGGAAAAACUUUCGGAAGAGGAUGUUCAAUCGUACAAGUAUUGGCUUAUUGACCGUGCUUUAGAAGAUAAUUUUGAGACACUUGCUGAGUGGGUUGAGCUUAGAGUGCAAAUAAUGGAAGAGGCUAAGGAGGAGACAAGUGGAGUUCGAGGCGACCGAACUCGUGCCAGAGGGUUUACAACACGCGCUCUCAAACAAAGAGCUGCGUUGUUGA